CACCUGUUGUAGGAACGCUUCUAAGGGCGGCAAUCCACUGAAAGAUUCAAUCCGCCACUCAAUUUUGUUGUAGAGUGGACGUUUCGCGUAAUAGUUGGUUCCAUUUUAAGUGAAAAAAGCUACUUUCGCUCUUCAACGAAUCUUUCCAUAUUGGACGACCUUUGAAUAGCGAGAAGAAGCUAACUUUUUGGCCGGGAAAUAUCGCUCUGGAUGAGUAAAAAUCAAUAAAAACAGACAUAGAUGAAAACAAACCAUCCGUCUGGUACGGCGGCACCCCGCACGAGGCAAGCGACCUCAUUUGCAUUUGCAUAAUCCGAUAGGGGCGCUGUGAAUAAAACCGUUCCUGUUUGAGCCCUGUUUGAGGAAAAAUCAACCGUAUAAAUACAUAUUCGACUGUAAGGUUGAACAAACAGUCCCAUCCAGAAGGCCACCGUGGAAAGAAAGCAUCACCCGCCGAUCCCCAACGAUAGACGAUGAAGUUGGUUGUGUUUUUUGCCCUCAUCUGCUACGCAAUCGGUAGCGAAUCGCCCGGCUUCUUUAUCAAGCUGUCCAAGAGUGUGCCCCGCAUUGGACGGCGGGGUGAUUUGGAGAACUUUUUCCUCAAGCAGUCGAAAAGUGUGCCCCGUAUAGGACGGCGUGCCGGUGGAUUUCACAUGGCAGCAGUAGCCCCGCAAGAGGCCCACGGCUCGAGCUGGUUCGAGCGGUACAUGAAAACGGCCAAGCGCCCCAACGGUGGCGGUUCGCUCGUACCGGACGAUCUCGGCAAAUCGUACAAGAAAAUUCGCCCGCUCGAUCUCAACCACAUCAUCGACAUCCUGUCGGACGAUCUGUUCUUCGGGUCCGAUCUGAAGUUUAUCUCCUGGGAGGUGCUGGACGAAGCGCUGGAGGAAGACCCGGAACUGCUGCAGAAGCUGGCGUCGCUCGCACGCGACAAGGAGGUGCAGCAGCUGAAGAAGCUGCUCGGCGAGCAGGACGAUGAGCUGGUAAAGUAUGUGCCGAUCGAUCGGAACGAGAUUAAUGGGGCCAGCAGCCGGGCGUACAUGUACCGGUUGGAUCGUACCGAUCCGAACAAGGAGCGGCUUGAGUAUCAGCAGUAAAGUUUUGGGGCGCUUUUUUAUAUCACGCGCUUCUUCUGUCUACUGCCUAUGCCAAAUGAAGAUAAUAUAUAAAAUGGGGACGCAAAAUGGAUGGAGCGGAAUCACUACCGGAUUGGGGCGUACGGAACGACGGGUGUAGUCUUUAAACUGUAUCUGUAUGUGUGCGUGUGUUACAUGAAUAAAGUUGUGUCGUGUGUUUUUUCAGUGCAAAAA